AAAAAUAAAAAAUUAUAGUCCCACAAAAAAAAUCCAUCGUUCACUACCGCUCUAACCUUGUAUCAGAAACAACUCGCACCCAACCCUAAUUCGCCGCAAAAAUCAAACUCCGGUCGGUAAACGCAGCCGGAGUUUUUCAGCCAAAGAGUUACAUUACAUAUACGAAGAACCGAUUUUGUGUUUUUAAUCGAAGCUAAUUGGAGUUGAAUUCCAACAAUCACAAUGCCGCAAAAUGAGUAUAUGGAGCGUCACCGAAGAGAGCAUGGUCGCCGUUUCGAUCACGAAGAAAGAAUUCGCAAGAAAGAGGCUCGUAAAGCUCACAAGCACUCUAAACAGGCCCAGCAGGCUAUUGGUAUUAAGGGUAAGCAGAUUGCCAAGAAAAAUUAUGCCGAAAAAGCGCAGAUGAAGAGGACUUUGGCCAUGCAUGAUGAGUCAACAUCUAGGCGCAAGGCUGAUGAUAAUGUUCAGGAGGGAGCUGUUCCUGCAUACCUUCUGGAUCGUGAGAACACAACACGAGCAAAGAUUCUCAGCAAUACCAUUAAGCAAAAGAGGAAGGAGAAGGCUGGGAAAUGGGAUGUUCCUCUACCUAAGGUACGUCCUGUGGCUGAAGAUGAAAUGUUCAAAGUGGUCCGCACUGGUAAAAGAAAGACCAAGCAAUGGAAGAGGAUGGUUACCAAAGCUACAUUCGUUGGGCCUGGUUUUACCAGAAAACCUCCAAAGUAUGAGCGGUUCAUUCGUCCUACUGGAUUGAGGUUCACUAAAGCUCAUGUCACUCAUCCAGAACUUAAAUGCACAUUCAAUCUAGAAAUUAUUGGAGUGAAGAAAAACCCUAAUGGCCCUAUGUACACCUCUCUUGGUGUCAUUACCAGGGGAUCUAUAAUUGAGGUGAAUGUUAGCGAACUUGGUCUGGUUACACCUGCAGGAAAAGUUGUGUGGGGUAAAUAUGCCCAGGUUACAAACAACCCAGAAAAUGAUGGCUGUAUUAAUGCUGUUUUACUUGUUUAAGGUCAGAUCAAGGGUUGGAGGUAAAAUCACAUUCACAUUUGUGUUUUUGGUAGUCUGAUAGAUAAGACUAGCACCAGUCUAGAAUGUUUGAUGAUAGCUGUACACAUCGGUUUUGAUACCGAAGAUGUUGUGCGGGAAAACGGCGGAGAUUUUUGUUACUGGAUUGGGUACUGACAUGUUCUAGUAUAUUAUUCUUCUUUAUUUUGUAUCAAUGCAAUACAGCAAUAGUGAUCACUUCUAGCGCUUUAAGGUAGUAACUAUGGGCCAAGGGGCAAUGCAACGGACAAUCAAUGUUUUGAUAAGCUCAUUUUUUAACUCAAACAAGUGCUUUGACUCUCUUUUUUAAAGCUAAAAAAGAGCACAAUGGCA